AGGACCGACCGUACCACUUUUCCCCACCACCAAAGGAACAAGAGAACUGGUAGUGGUAGUCAUGUACGCGUCUCGUGUUUGCUGUCUCUAUCGACAGACGAGUGUUUGCGGGCAGCAGGCGUCGCUCAGCCACACAAGCCUUGUGCGGCUGAUGAAGCACACGGCAAAGCACGCGAACCGAAUACAGCUGCCCGAACUGUACAAGCUGGGUAUUCUUCUCAAAGAUCCUAACGACAUUCUCGGCCUCCAUCGGGACGGUGAACUGAUGGGCGCUUUGCUGAAGCGCUAUCACGACGUACGAGCAGGUGCCACGCCGUUUCAAGUGUCGUUGCUGGACGCUGUGCUAACGUCUAGCACUCUCCCCUCUUCGUCAUGCUCUGUUUCUGAACUCGCUGGUGGCACAACAGAUAUGAGCAGGGACGGCAAUGCGGCCACCGCUGCUUCAUCAACGCUGUCUUCGCCGGUUACUGCGCAGGAUUAUUACAGGGCGAUAAUGGAUCUGGAACGAGAGGUGGAAGAAGAACACGGUCGUGCUAACGCACGGGAAGCACGUCAGACGGCAAAAAAGGAACGCUUGAAUCAAAAUCGAUACAGCAGCAGUUCGCAUUCGAACGAUAGAAGAGGGAGGCGGGAAGGACGACCAAAGACUAAAGGAGGCGGCGGAGAAAACUCUUCGACGCGAAGCGGCUUCACGAAGCAAGAAGUCCCCUCUUCUAACUCGUCCAACGUGCCAAGCCUUGGCGAAACACUCGGUAGCACGCGUGCGGAAAACUUGGAAAGGUAUCUCAGCGCACUAGAACCCGUGCUACGCCAGCUUUCUCCCACGGAGACCACCCGACUCAUUAGGGUUCUGGCGAAGCUGAACUACACCAACUACGAGCACACCGUUCUCCUCACUCGUCGUGGGUGCGAGGUGGCGAACCACCUCCAGCGACACGACCUCUGCACUCUCUAUUAUAACCUGCACAGGCUAUACACCCGGGACUCACUUGUUGCAGUUGUGAACCGCAUCUUAGAACACGUGCAGGAGCUCACCGCGGAGGAGGUGUAUUUGCUCUGCCAGUCGGUGGAGCGGCAAGAGAGCACGUCCACCGCCUCGCAACGUCUGCUCACGCCGUUGGUUGCACAAGCGGUGAAGAAGCUACCGGAUGCCGUCUCCUCCGCCUACCACCGCACUCUUUUGGUAUCCAUGGCGCGGUACCAUGUGCAGCAGCCGGCUACAACACAACUCAUCCUGCGUGACUGGGUGGCGCGGUGGAAGACGUCGUCGUCUGAGAAAGAUGUGCUGGUGCUCUUGGAGGCUUCCACGUCUCUGGCUGCGCCCGGCACCGAGCCGGAAGGCUUGAAGGAGCUGAUUGAUCGUCUCACGUUCCUUGCCCCGACGAUGGAUCUGUGGCACGUCGAUCACGUGAUGGAUCUCUUGUCCGCUGUGCCGAUGCACCUGAGCACCGACUGCAUGCGCAUCUUACUCACACGACUCGAGAACGAGUCUGGGAAGCUGUCCGUGGGGCAGCUGAAGUUUGUUCUCCACCUCCUAUCUACCUACCCGCCAGCUAAAGGUCAGGUCGCGGUGGUGUCUCUCGCGUACGCGUGUGCCGUGCGUGCGACGGCCAUGGACGCGGAGACGCUGGGGAGUGUUCUCACCUCGCUCGCCACGCUGCAGCUCUUCACCGACGACUUCUUCACCAUUGCGCACGUCUUACAGACCCAAAAAGGCGGCAUGCGCAGCUUUGCGCAGGUGCAGGCGCUGUUCGACUGCUGCACGGCGGAGAUGGCGGCGCUGCCGCAAGGCUUGGGCAUGCUCACGAGCGUGAUCUGCACCGUUGCACCGGCCUUGAACGAUGAGGAACUGUCUCACUGCCGCAAGGCGCUUGUGAAACUGGGCGUCACGGACCGCGAAGUGCUGCAGAAGAUAUUUGCCAACGCGAAGCGCGCUCAACGGGCUCCGGCGAACUCCUCCUCAUCGCGCAAGCGUCGCGGUGGCUACCACGACCCCAUGGCUGAUCUGCUGUAA